AUGUCUGCAGAAUUCGCAAAGUUGAUUACUAGAGCUGGAGAAGAAGCAUCUGUAAAUUGCGGUAGCAAAUACCAUGACAAUUCAUUACAAGGUCUUCGCAUUGGUGCAAUCUUCAUCGUAAUGGCUACGUCAGCCUUAGGCACACUCCUUCCAAUCGUAACCGGUAGAGUAAAAGGGCUGGGAUUGCCCAAGAUAUUCUACGAUACAAUUAAGUACUUUGGCUCUGGGGUUAUUGUUGCGACUGCUUUCAUUCACUUGCUCGCUGAAGCCUUUGAGAAACUCACCGAUCAGGAGUGUUUGAGUGGUGCUUGGAAUGAUUACAAUUGGGCACCAGCUCUCGCGGAAGCUGCAGUAUUUUUUAUCUUCUUUGCUGAAUUGUGGGCUUCAAGACUCGGAAACAAGUACCUCGAAAGACGCGGGAUGAACUACGACAAUCACGGCCAUGACAAUGUUGGUGGUAUAGCAGGAUCUCAUGGUGCAGAAACCUACACACACACCUCUGAUUCUCACCCACAAGUCCAUGACGCUCCAGCUACCACUAUGGCUGAUCAGAAAUCAACUGAGACAAACGACGUGGAGAGCGUCCACUCGAUGGGCAGUUUCGGAUACAACACCAUGUCAAUGAUUACUGGUGUAGCCAUUCUCGAGUUCGGUGUUUUGUUCCACUCUGCCAUCCUUGGUCUUACACUCGCAACCUCGUCAUCGGAUGAGUUCAGGGUGCUGCUCAUCGUCAUUGUGUUUCAUCAAAUGUUUGAAGGAUUAGGAUUGGGCGCUAGACUUGCGGAGCUGCCUGUGAGGCAGACUUGGAUUCCGUACACUGGAGCCACCUGCUAUUUCCUCAUCACGCCUAUCUUUGUCGCUAUUGGUUUGGGUGUUAGAGAGACGUACAAUUCUGGAUCUACUGCGGCUCUCAUCACCACUGGUCUCCUGAACUCUAUUUCUGCUGGUAUUUUGCUCUACACCGGUCUGGUAGAAUUGCUGGCGCACGACUUUAUCUUUAGCUCGCAUAUGAAGAAGGCGUCCGACAUGUAUGUCCUGUAUGCUGGCUUCUGCGUACUCCUCGGAGCUGGCCUGAUGAGUUUGCUCGGUAACUGGGCGUAG